CGCCGACAGACGUUCGGAAUUUUUUUCUUGUAGAUUUUGCGUUUGUUCGAUACAAACUUAUUUAUCGUGCAGAUUUGAGAGUUCGAAACGACAGGACACGAUUUUUUGUUGAGAUGUUCCUUCAGUUUUACCUCAGUGAAAACGGGGAUCGAGUCUACACUCUCAAGAAGGUGGAUCCUGCAGGUCAGCCCACCAGCCCGGCCCACCCGGCACGCUUCUCCCCAGAUGACAAAUUCUCCCGGCACAGAGUGAUCCUGAAGAAACGCUUCGGCAUUCUGCUCACCCAGCAGAGCAAACCCGUUCUGUGAAGUGAGCACCACUGGUUUUUCACACUGAUUGUAAACAGUUUUUAUUUACACACAACAGAAUUUAGUUACGAAACAAGUGAAAAACAAAUAC